AUGGCUGCAAACAUACCUCCAUCUAGAGAGGAUGGCAUUCCAGACCUUCGCAACUGCCCUAAAUGUGAAAAACGUAUGACUGCGCCAAGACUUCUUCUUAGUUGUUGGCAUAUUUUGUGUGAGAGCUGUCUUGCCGAUGCCAUAGAGGGGAAGGAGCCUGGAGAAAUCUUUCAGUGUUUUGUGUGUAGUAAAAGUGUCCCUGUGCCUUGGGAUGGCGUGGCUGAAUUUCCAGUGCCUUUGUUCCUACAGUGUGAGCCAGUACCCUCCACCACAGAUGUCACAUGUUAUCACCAUUAUGAAGAGAAGGUGACCAUGUACUGUAAGAAGUGUGACACAGCAAUAUGUCAUUUGUGUGUGCUGACAGAGGACUGUCACAAAGACCACCCCUGUGUAAGUUUUAGGCUAUCUUUUGAUGAAUUUAAGAAGAAGAAGGGAGAACUCGUUGAACAUGUUCAGAAACUGAAUGCGAAGAUCCAGGAGAAAAAUGAUACCCUUAUUGAGCUUGACGGCCAGAAGAGAGAACUCGCAUUGGAACAGGAUGAGGCAGAAAGACAAAUUGAGACUGAUUUUCAGCAGCUUGUUGAUUUAAUUUAUAGACUGAAGGAAGAAAAAAAGGAUGAACUUCGUUUCAAAGUUAAGGUUGAACGAAGCUUUCUUGAAAAGAGACGUAGAGAUGUAGUCAGCUCCAGAAAUGAAAUGGAAAUGAUUAAUCAAUUGGCUGUUGAAUUGAUGAAAAAUGGAACACGCAAAGAAAUUAUGCUGCACCAGAAGUCGGUUUCUUCUGUUAUGGCUCGCCAUGAAGCAGAAGCAAAUGGUACCAUUUUCAAGAAAGAGAAAGUUGAAUAUGUCCCUUACAGUGAUUCAGAUAUUAAGGACACAAUUGGGGAAAUAUCUGGAGGGACAACUCUCCCUGCUGGAUUGAAACUAGUGGCAGAGUUUAGUGCCAAAGCUGAAGUAGAUGAGUACACUCCAAACAUAACAGCCUUGGCAGUUGACAAUGCCAUGAAUAUAGUUGUACCAGAUGGGAACAACAAUAACCUGAAACUAUUUGACAGAAGUGGUAGAUUGGUGUCAGUGUGGUCAGGUGAUGGUGAACAUCAGUUAAGGUGUCCUGCAGGUGUGUGCUGUACCAGUGGUGGAAAUAUAGCAAUAUGUAACAAGGGCAAUGAGGAAAUAUUGUUCUUAGAUUCCCAGCAAAGAGUCGACAGAACUCAAACAGUUAGCAUAGGUGACUAUAAAUGUACAGGUGUCGUCUUUUCAAACGACUAUGUUGUGUUUACAGCAGGUACAUUCCAAGUUAGGCUGCAGUCUUCUUCUGUCCCAUCCUGUGUGGUGGUAUUUAGCAAACAUGAUGGUAGGGUAGUGAGAGAGAUAAGAAAAGACAAAGAUGGCAGUGAUCUUUUUAGCUGUCCUUAUGGGAUAGCCUUGACCAAGCAGGGAAAUCUGGUGGUGACAGAUAUUGAUAAGCACUGUGUCUAUGUACUGACCAUGGAAGGGGAGGUAUUACACAGAUGUGUCAUCAACUGGUUUGGAGACUGGUCCACUGGAGCACUGUACCAAGUAGGCAAAGAAUUCACCAACAAGAUAGACCUGGAGAAGAGCAACUAUGUUCCUCCUAACUAUCUUCCUCUGGCCUACGAAGGGGUGCCCAACCCCCCAACCCACAGGGACGCUGUCACCAAUGCCUUUGUAUUUGUCCAUCAAACUCUCCACCAGGCUAAUGUGAAGAUGCUGAGAAGAGGAGGGAGGACCAUGGCCAUUACACCUAGGCAUUACCUGGACUUCAUCAACCACUAUGUAAGUACAAAGAAACAGCUCUGGAAAUGGAUGUUUGAAGAUAUUUUUCAGUAG